ACAAAGCUGUGAGCACAUCCUGUGGCUGCUCGUUACUGACCCUGAUUAAGAGCGGUGCACAGCUCUCCGCGCCUCCUUCUAGAUGGAAACGGCUGAGUUCUAUUACGUUUAUUACUUAGCUCAAGAUUAUCUGCAAUAUGUGCUUCAGGAGUCACAUCUUGGACCAGCGCAAACCAGGGUUGCUCACGUCUUGCGAAACAUUGCAUCUUCGCUGCAAGAUCAAACCGAGGAGGCUCUCAGACCGUUCCUGGACAAGAUUGAUAUUACCUCGGUAGCUGUUGCCAAGAGAAUUUUCAAUGGUGUCAUGGAAGAAAAAUUUGCUGACGGAAAUACUAACUGGGGACGAAUUAUGACCAUAUUUACGUUUGGAGGUCUUCUCACUAAGAAGCUUCAAGAGCAUGGAGUCCAGCUGACUGCAGAGGAGAAAGAGCAGAUUUCUUAUUUCAUCACAGAGUACAUAAUAAACAACAAAGCCGAAUGGAUAGAUGCGAAUGGUGGCUGGGAAAAUGGCUUCCUAACAAAGUUUGAAAGAAGAUCACUACUGUCUUUCUCCAAAAUUACAGCCAUGUUCCUGGCUGUUUUUUCCUUGUUCAGAGAGUACUACUGAGACACAUGGACCUGCCAUUCAUGUAUAAUCUAUAUAUUGCCACAAGCUUCAUUGCUAAGCUCUCCUCCAAGCAAUAUCAACAAGAAAAUAAUUUUGUUCCAUCAUUUUAAUUUAUUUGUAUUUAUUUUGACUAAAUACAAUGUUAAACAUGCUACCCUAAUUGCCAAACCUGAAGAUGAGAUCCCUCCAAAGAGGAAUCGACACAGCAGCAAUUCAAGUCACCCUUUCCAGGCAGGACUGCGUCCAGAGAGGGAUCAUUCUCCUCAUCCAGACAGCUCUUGGAAUCUCUGUUGCACCUCCAUGAAAGGACAUGGUUUUACUGAAAUACAAUCCAAUGGGUUAGGAAACAAGUUUUAAUGUCAUUUGUUUUGUAAAUGAAAUAAUACUGUAAUGCAUUUUAUUGCAAGGUUUUU